UCAGCUUGAAAAUGUCAACGAAGUAGGGCAGAUGGCUACGGAUAGCAUGCCGGCCCAGGGCCCAUAUCGCAAGACAUUCCAGAAACUUUUGCAACAAUUCGUGGCAAAGAAGUUCAGAUGCGGUAGAGGCGACGACGUUGCCACUGGAGCAUACAUGCCGGUAGCGAGGUCAGCCAGACCGAGUGCGGCACCGUCGUCCAGACCGAGCGAGGCGCGUACGAGCCAUGAGCAAUGGGGGGAGGGUCCGAGUACUAGAACGACAUUGCCACGACAUGACUCAUCUCUGCCACUGCAUCGCUCUUCUUCGAUGCAGCUUCGUCAGGGGCAAACAUCUCAGGACCAUGGCACGGGCUUGGAUUCGAUGCCCGAGCAGUUUCUUUCCCCUAACCCAUAUGUGUACACAGGAUAUGAUGCAUACACCCAAGGUGAGGGAUCUCAGCCGUUUCUCUCCACGCGAGGGAUCCCCAUGCCCGAGGAGACUCGUGUACCAGAUUUAAACCAGCACCAAGUACAAUGGCCAGACAGUAUAGGAGAGGGAUAUGCUCAGGACACACCUGAUGUUAAUUGGGGCGAUGAGAACACCCAACGCGGCGUCAACACAGGCCUCCGGGGAGCAUCACAUGAUCAUGGCGUCAACACAGGCCUCCGGGGAGCAUCACAUGAUCUUGGCGACACGGUUACAUCAUUAGUUACAGAGUUCUUCGGAGGGGAUGUUAUUGGCCCAUCUUUUAUCCCCCCGGAGUCACAACCAUACGCCUACAAUUACGCUUCAGGUUCACAACAAGGAUUCGCGACUCCACCACCUACGCAGGACUCGCAGACACAUGAAGCCGAAGUGGAGUACGGCCGCGGUCUUCGUGUGACCCGGCCACCUAAUCGCUUGUCGCCUUCCGGUCGUAAGGAAAGGCCAGGUGGUCGUCGUUAAGUACGGUGAUUCAUCUAUGCACGUGCGCGACCCAUUGUAUCUAUAUAUGUGUGUAUCAGACUUUUCGAUUUGAACAUCUAUGUUUGCUGAAAUAAAAAUGCACCAGUCAACGCU